AAGCAGAUGAUUUGGUGACUCUGGUAGCAUUUGCUCCUUUGAGACCACCGCACUGGGGAAGAAGGGUGAAAUAGAGGAGACUGUUAAUGGAAGGCGACACACACUUAAUGCGAGUCAUCAGAGAAAUGCGGCUAGAGAUCAACAAGCUGGAGAAAGAAAACAAAGAGCUUCGGGGAGAGCUAAGUCAGGCUGGGCACAAGGCAAUAACUGCAAAGGAGCCAGAGAUGAGAACUGGCAUCAAAUGUGACCAGCCAGGGACAGAAGAGCUGGUGUGCCCAGGAGUAAUACGUAGGAAUGUCUCUGUGGGAUCUGCUGACAUACUGCAGGAGCAGACAGGUGCUGCAAUGACUGUCCGCCGAUAUUCUAUGUCAUCUCUUCUUUCCAGUUCUGACCACUAUAAAUCCAGUGCACAUAUGAAAAGACAUUCUAGCACUGGGACACUGGAAUUAGGUGAAACGAUACAGAUCUCAGAGGCUGACAAUGGACAGCACAUAGCCAAAGACAAAGAAACUGCUACUGACACACCAUCUGAAAAGAUAAUCAGUGGCAUCCCAAAGACAAGAUCUUUCCAGGAAUACAUGAACAAGUGCAGAGGCAGAGUAAAGGCCGUAACUUUCCUGCUACCAAUGGAUAUGAGAGCAUAUGCUGAAAAUCAAAUGACUUUCCAGACUCCUCAAAAUCAAAGUGCAAAUCACUUGAGUACGAUAAUUGAAAAGGAUCCAUGAGCUGGUAAAUUUUUUAAGACCAUCUGACUCAUUCUGAUGAGCCUGAAUUAAAAAGAUAGCUGCAUAUAAGGUUACAUUUUGUACACAAUACUCUGGCAGGCUGCCUUCUCAUAUGGACAAAACGUUUGAUUUGAGCCACUGGUUCUUUGUUAUCCGAAACCUGAGGCAGUUCAGAAAGGUAUUAUGGUGUGAUCUUACAUAUAGCUUUUCAUUAUUCCAACCUUUCUUUUGUUUCACUGGCCACUUAAUUAAAUACAUUAGAAGUUAUAUGGCAACAGAAGUUAUUUCUUAUAAACAUACUUCGAUGCAUAUAGCAAUAACAUCAGAAACCACAUUACAAAGUAUAAUAAGUGAAUACGUUUCUUAUAAAGCCCAAUACAGACUACUCACAGUGCAGCAUCACAAGGCCUCGGUGGAUUACCUGGCUGUCUUCAUUGUCCAAUCACCAGGCAGUAGCCUUCCAUCAGCUCAAUGCAAUGAAGGAGUUUGGUAGAAUUUGGUUGCUGUCACUAAAACUACCAUGCAUCCCAGCUGAAGAACGUAAUGCUGCAAGUGAUUUGUUAUUAGAGGGCAAACAAUAUAUCUAGUAGCUCAUUGUUCCUCUACAGCCUGAGUGCUACAUGAUUUAUCAAGGCUUUGAGAAUGCGAUCCAGGUGGGUCACUUCCGAUAGUUGUUCCAAGUAAUCUCUUGUCUGCUUGUCUGAGUCUACUCUAAAUAGUUUGUACCAUUUGUCCCACAAGUGAUAGGUGGGAUUGAUGCCCGGUGAUGGGGAUGCAAUUGCAUUAAGCUGAAUUUACUGUCAUGUUUCUGGAACCAUUACUGCUCCUUUCUAGCCAUGAAGCAGAUGGACAAACUGGUGACAUUCAAAAAUACACCUGAUUGUGACAGUCACAUAUGUGUACCUAGGGAGUCGGGACCCAAUAUAUACCGCAACAAUGUAUGUCACCCCAUCAAUCACUACCAGCCGGCAUUGCAGCCACUACAAAAUCAUCUGCAAAUGUAAUAAUAAUAUUUGAUUAUUCUUGCCUUUACAAUCCCUGGAGAGAAGGUGUAUCAAACAUUGAAGAGGGAUAAAGUGGCAAAAUUGCCCAUAGUAAGCAUUCAACUUCCAGCUAUCAUUUAUCUAGCAAAGUCUAUAAAAUGACAGAAGCUGGUUGCUAUAGGCAACUACUCCUCUCCUAGAGUUUUGAUACAUCUCCUGCAAGUACUUUAAAUAAGGGAACGUUGAAGAGGGACUGUAGUCUGUAACAUAAGUGACAGAGCCACAAAACCGCUCUUCCCUGCUGCAACUGAUACAAUUUACCUAAUUACACCCAAUGGAUCUGCUUACACAAAUGCUUCAUGCAAAUCUGAUAAGUCUCAUAACAAAAUAAAAAAAAGUUUUUCCAUCAGACUGAGAGUCAAUUCUGUUACCAUGCACAUUUCCCUUCC